CUCUUCCAAGUUUCGUAUAUAUGGUAAUGCUCCCAUGGGCUGCCGGCCGCCACUGCCCACUUCCGAAAAGGACAGAGGACGUGCGAGGUUUGAUAAUUGAAAAAUUAUAAGGUUGCAACGGAAGAAGAUAUGGCGGGGAUAGACACAGAAGUGGUGGGGGAGGCAGUUCAUGAUUUGAAAGGACUACAUAUUGGGCAAAGUCAAGAAUCCCAAGUACUUAAGGAGGACAAGAUUAAAACAUUAGAUGUUAAAGGUUCAGAGCCUGCUGCUGGCAAUAGUAAGGUUGUUAUUUCUCAGCCUCCUUCACAUGAUGAUGAAGAGGUGCGGGAAGAUGGCCCAACUUCUGAAGGCUUGUCAGAAGCUACAAAGAAGAAGAAGAAGAAAAGCAGAACCAAAAAGAAGAAAGAAUCUCUUCAGCAGACUGAUCCACCAUCAAUCCCUGUUGAUGAACUUUUCCCUUCUGGGGAGUUUCCUGAGGGUGAAAUCCAACAGUAUAAGGAUGACAACCUAUGGAGGACAACUUCUGAAGAAAAGAGGGAAUUGGAGCGGCUACAAAAACCCAUGUAUAAUGCAGUUCGCCGUGCAGCAGAAGUUCAUAGACAGGUUCGAAAAUAUAUAAGGAGUAUUUUAAAGCCUGGAAUUUUAAUGACCGACCUGUGUGAAACUUUGGAAGAUAUGGUUCGGAAACUUAUUAAGGAGAACGGUCUUCAAGCAGGCAUUGCUUUUCCAACAGGAUGUUCCUUAAAUUGGGUUGCAGCCCAUUGGACUCCAAACUCUGGUGACAAAACUGUACUGCAGUAUGAUGAUGUGAUGAAGCUAGACUUUGGAACCCAAGUUGAUGGUCAUAUAGUUGAUUGUGCAUUUACGGUGGCAUUUAAUCCCAUGUUUAAUCCAUUGCUUGAGGCUUCAAGGGAAGCUACAAAUACUGGAGUUAAGGAAUCUGGAGUAGAUGUAAGACUCUGUGAUGUCGGUGCUGCAAUCCAAGAGGUUAUGGAAUCAUAUGAAGUUGAAAUUAAUGGAAAAGUGUACCAAGUUAAAAGUGUACGGAACCUGAAUGGACACAGCAUCGGGCCAUAUCAAAUUCAUGCUGGAAAAUCUGUUCCUAUUGUAAAAGGUGGAGAGCAAACGAAGAUGGAGGAGGGUGAAUUUUUUGCAAUUGAGACUUUUGCAUCAACAGGGAAAGGAUAUGUCAGGGAGGACCUCGAGUGCAGCCAUUACAUGAAAAAUUUUGAGGCAGGACACAUACCAUUAAGGUUACCUAGAGCAAAGCAGCUUCUUGCAACGAUCAACAAGAAUUUUUCAACGUUGGCCUUUUGCCGGCGCUACUUAGACCGCAUUGGAGAGACUAAAUAUCUCAUGGCACUAAAGAACUUGUGUGAUGCUGGUAUAGUUCAGCCAUAUCCACCUUUGUGUGACGUGAAGGGAAGCUAUGUAUCACAGUUUGAGCACACCAUCUUGCUUCGACCUACUUGCAAAGAAGUCAUUUCAAGAGGCGAUGAUUACUGAGUAUCUUGAAAGUUGCUCAUGAUCUUCCAUGCGCUGCCAUCCUCAAUUCCGCUGAAUUGCACGAAUCCGCAGCAAUUACUGGUUGUUUGUAUAGGGUAAGAUUUGGAGCAUACCACACACAAGUUGAAACACAGCUAGUUUACAGGAUUGGCCCUGAUGGAUAACGAGUUGCUGCAGGGAAAAAACUUUGAUUAUUUAUCAUGACUAUUUCUUUCAUAUUUUGGUGGUUGAUUGUGGGAAAGCUCCUUCGGUUGUGAGAUCCUCAACUUAUGAUGUUUUAUUUUAUGUGUGUUGACAUAUAUUACAGCAGUGAGAAGUUAAAAGUGGCUUCGGCUCUUGACUCUUUCUACUGGUAUUCUUUAUUUAAUCAUGAUUUUCUUUUA